AUGGCCUUUACUACACCAUGGGUUCUACUGGUGAUGUGUUGGACUGUGUCGCAUACCAUAGGGAUUGUGUAUGCACAGGAUGCUGAUACUGUAACAGCUGCGCUUGACAGUCUGCUCAACAACACAGACAACAUGCAUGACGAUACAUCUAGUGCCUACAAACAGCUAUGGGCACCAGGCCACGCCCUGUCAUUUGACGGGCAAGACGACUACUUCUCCUUUGAAGCUGCGACCGGUACCACGUUGCCAGAUUCCUUGUUUGAGGAGGCCACAUUCUCAGUUUGGUAUCAGCACAUCGGCAAGUCCAAUCUCAGAGAGGCGCUGAUGGGGUUUGGCCAAGAAGAAGGGCCGUCCAUACACAUGGGCAAGAGCGAGGGCGGGCAGGCGCUCAUCAACAUCACUCCGGUAACGUCGUGGGAGUUCUCUGACAAUAACAACUGUUCAGUGUACAACUCUGUGUUGAGCGACGACGAGCAAUGGCACCACGUGGUCAUGAGCUAUAGCCGCACGUCGCUGCUGAUAGUCACGGACGGCCAGUUGGCUUACGAGUGCAAUGCAGAUACGCCCAUUCCCAAUCAAUGGGCCAUGUACGAUCACGAUGAGGGUUCUAGCAAAGCCUUCCUGUUCGGGCGAUACUCAGUGCCAUCGCACGGCCGCGUGAAGACGGCGCACGAGGAGAAUAGUCUGCCGAUGUAUGGGCUGAUGGACGAUAUGCGCGUGUACUCUCGCGCGUUGGACCUCGAUGAUAUUCUUCAAAUUUACCAUUCGGCGCCAAAUCAACCGGUGAGGGAUCUGAUGGUGUGGUUUGACUUUGCCAAUGGAGGCCCUAAUGUCGAGGCACGCUACUCGAGCAUCGACAUAUUUAUCAGCACAGGGGGUGGCUACAAACGCUUCUCACCGACUUUUGUUGAAUCCCGGGCGCCGCUGUACACAUUCAAUAACUGGCGGGGAAUCAGAUUCGACACGGGACUGCAUAAUGCCCCCACUUUCUACAGACACACACAACUCACACACGAUGCGACUCAGAAUGUGGUUGUAAUUGCGCCAGUGUACGACCGACUGACGCAUAUGGUGGCCAAAGAUCAAAUGGUCGAACGUUUAGCCAACGUUACUAUUCAAAGCGAGUGGAAGUACCUGUUGAUCAGCAAUGCCACUGUCACUGAUGCCAACGGCACAAUUUCCACAGUAGUCAACGAUGCAGAUCCUGGCGUGUUAGGGCUUGCCAACGGCUCGGUUGUGCCCAUGUCUGCGUUGCCCAUUGUGGUUGACCAGACCAGUGUGGUGUUUGCACCGAAAGCCGGGUAUUUUGGGUCCGUCACCAUCCGGGUGCAGCGGUUGUCUGUGGACUCGCUGACCCCUACUGAGAAUGAGACGACUGAUUACAUGAACAUGCAAAUGGAUAUCAUGAAGAACUGGGCCCCACAGGCGGGCAAUGCAGGAUAUGCCAUAGAGUGCGACGGGUUUAACGACUACUUGUAUGCGCCGUAUUUCAAAUGGCCUGUCGGUAAUUAUACCUCAGUGGUUGACAAUAUCACGCGGUUUGGCGGAGGACCAAUCACAGUCGAAGGAUGGAGUUACGUUAUCAAAGACCACGUGGCCGACAGUGUCGUGUGGUCCAUUGGGUCGGGUGAACAGGCGAAGUGGAAUACCGACGAACGCAAUCCGUACAAGAAAACGGGCAGAUUGAUGUUUGCCAUGCCCAGUUCAGCACGGCCGCAAAAGUUCCGUUUCGAUGUGGGCAGUCUCUCACGCACCAGUGCCGCGGUGACAGACUUAGGCGGCACUUGGGUCCACUUCGCGGUGGUGCAUUCACAGGUGUCUGGGACCAGUUCGUUGGUGUAUCUCAAUGGGCAGUUGGCGUCCAGUACAACGCACAACCACACAGGCGUAGGCACACUGCGCGAUAGCAACGAGGGUGCGCAAGCACCCCAUCAACGCCGAGUAGAGGGGUUUAGUGUGUGCACGUGGAUGUUCUGGAGCGGCGUGUUCCACCGAGGAGCUGUGGAUGAAAUCAGGAUAUGGAAUUACACCAAAACCCAGCAAUCGCUGCCAGGCGUGCAAGCGGAGGUAGUAGUAGACAAUGUGGCAAGCCUGCCGUACAAUUUCAUUUGGUCUGUGCUGUCCCAGGACGAGAACCCAGCCGCAGUGCCUUUGCGGAUAAUCUCUGGUGCUCCAUUGGGCACACAUCUGUUCACGCAGAUUGUGUUGUCGGAUAGCUUGGUGGUCACACUCAACGGCACAGACAGAGAAGCCGGGACGCUUGUAUAUCGUAUUACCAAACCAAUGUCCGUUGGUAACAUGACGUACAUCGAUGAGCUGGGUCGUCGUCAGCACGUUGUGGCCAAUGAGGACUUGCCGCAAGGCGUGCGCACUGUCACCAUUGACAUGGACCCUGAUGUGGGCGGCGGUCCCUUCUACUUCGAGUACCAGGUGUUUGAUAUGUGGCUGUUCAGUGAGCCUGCUGUGGUCAGUGUCUACUCCACCUGCGGCGGAGGCCGAUACGUUGACUACGCCACCUUCUCAUGUGUGCCUUGUCCCGCCGGCACAUACAGCAACAGCAACAGCCUGCGCAGCUCAUGCUCGCCCUGCCCCAAUCACACGGCCCAGGACAUGACAGGGCAGAACCAAUGCCUCCCGUGCCAAUACGACACAUACUCACACGACGUGGGCGCGAUUGUGUGUCACAACUGCAGCGACCUUACAGGCGCAGAAAAUGUCAUCCAAGUGCUCAAUAACACACAUCCCCUGACAGUGCAGAGUGACGGGGCGUGUGAGAUGCUCUUCGCGUUCUCCUCGACAGAUGUUGGGGUGGUUUUAAGAAUGUUACCCACGGAAAGCUUCAUUGAAGUUGAACAACGUGUAACGUCGUCGAUUUACGGAGACGACAGAGCCGACUACGCAGCUUUUCAAGUCGAAAGCAAAGGGGUUGACAUCAUGGAGUACAUUGGCCAGCGAUGGACACUCUCACUUACCAGCUACCCUCGCACAGGAGACAUCUACCAGGU